CGGGUGCUGGGCGGCCAUGGCGCUGCUGGACGUGUGCGGAGGCUCCCGAGGGCAGCGGCCGGCCUGGGCUCUCUCGGCUGCCGGAAGCGAGCAUGGCUCGGACCUGGGACACUACAGUUUCUCCAUGCGAGCUCCAGAGCUCGCCCUCCCGCGGGGAAUGCAGCCCACGGAAUUCUUCCAUGCCCUGGGUGGGGACGAAGAAAGGAACGUUCAGAUUGAGAUGGCCCAUGGCACCACCACGCUUGCCUUCAAGUUCCAGCAUGGAGUGAUUGUGGCAGUGGAUUCUCGCGCCUCAGCUGGCAAUUACAUUGCCACCUUACGGGUGAACAAGGUGAUUGAGAUUAACCCUUACCUGCUUGGCACCAUGUCUGGCUGUGCAGCAGACUGUCAGUACUGGGAGCGUCUGCUGGCCAAAGAGUGCAGGUUGUACUACCUGCGGAAUGGGGAGCGCAUCUCCGUGUCAGCAGCCUCCAAGCUGCUUUCCAACAUGAUGUGCCAGUACCGGGGCAUGGGCCUCUCCAUGGGCAGCAUGAUCUGUGGCUGGGACAAGAAGGGUCCUGGACUCUACUAUGUAGAUGAAAAUGGGACUCGACUCUCAGGAAAUAUGUUCUCCACUGGCAGUGGGAACACGUAUGCCUACGGGGUCAUGGACAGCGGCUAUCGGCCCGAUCUUACCCCUGAAGAGGCCUAUGACCUUGGUCGCAGGGCUAUUGUGCAUGCUACCCACAGAGACAGCUAUUCAGGAGGCGUUGUCAAUAUGUACCACAUGAAGGAAGAUGGCUGGGUGAAGGUGGAAUGUACAGACGUUAGCGACCUGCUGCACCAGUACCGGGAGGCCAAUCAGUAAUGGCGGCUGGCCAUUCCCGGCCGGCCUCCUUGUGAGAGACUGGCUGACUCAAGGCCUGGAGCCAGACUUAGCCCCAGGAGGAGUGUCUGACUUGAACCAGAGAUAGAGAUGGUUCAGUGGCCAGUGGGAACUGGCAGAGUUCAUCCUUAUGUGUGUUCUCUACUUCAACAAGCAUUUCCCCUGGGGAACCUUCUGGGGCCCCACCAAGUUCAAUAAAAGAAAACGGUUAUGCA